CAUUAUUACGCACAAUCGCUUCAAGUGCGCACAAAUUCUGAAUAAAUACGAUUUCCACUAACAGUUUACGACAUUUUUACAUAUCGGUUUAGAAAUUUAAAUAAAGAUAUAUCGAACACAUGCGAAAAACAUCAAAACAAUGUUCAAGCAGUUUCAAUAAGACUGUCCUUUUAGCUUUUUAAUGGAUUGUUUUGCUUUGACACUUCUCAUGAGUUUUUGGCUAAUAAACUUGUUAAUAAUACCCAUUUCAGUUUUAGUUUUUUUGUGCUGUCCUUCAGUAAUGAUGGUAAUAGAUAAAUAGAAACAAAUUUUCUGAUUUUAAUAACAAAAUCAGUUGUCAAUGAGAAUUUCGUGUUGGAUUGAAAUAUUGCUGGUUUGAGUCCAGGAUAUUCACCAACUAAACACAUUCUCUAAAACUAAGAGUUUUUUCAGCAAAGUAAAUUCUCAAUUUUAACUAAUUUUAUAGUUAUUUUGGAAAUUUUGUUGUUAAAAUCAACUAAUUCAAAAACAGUAAUACGAAUUAGGCGCAGAGCUAAUUUCGGUCGUUCCGUGUGAGACACUCCACAAAUAAACUUAAACCAAGCAACUUUACAGUAGUUUUACAUAUCGCUAGUUAGAAAUUUCAAAAUCUAUAUAUAAAAUAUAUCAAAACAAUUUCAACAAGACUAUCCUGUUUUGUUUUUCAACGAAUUGUGUUGCUUUGACACUUCUCAUGAGUUUUUGACUAACAAACUUGUUAAUAAAACCAAUUGCAUUCUUGUUUUCUUUGUGGUGUCUUUCUGCAGUGGUGAUGGCAGCCAAACAGCGUCAAACUUUUUGAUUUUAACAACAAAAUUAGUUGACAACGAGAAUUUCGUGUGGGAUAGAAAUGUUGCUGGUUUGUGUCCAGGAUUUUCACCAUCUAAAUAUAUUCGCUAAAAACAAGAACUUUUUUCAGCAAAUUAAAUUCUGAAUAUAAACCAAUUUAUUAGUUAUUUUGGCAGUUUUGAUGUUAAAAUCAACUAAUUCAAAAACAGUAAUACGAAUUAGGCGCAAAGCUAAUUUCGGUCGUUCCGUGUAUAAAAAAAUUCAUUUUGUGGGACGUGUUUUUAUACAUUACACGGAAAAUUCAAUUAAAUACAUUCAAACAGCCGUAUAAUCUUGAGUUGGACAGAUUUGAUUAGUUGAUGACCAAAUAUAUUGAUUUUGAGUAUACCGUUCCCGAUUCCGGAAGUAUCGAAAAAAAGUGAUUGUGAACUCCAAACUUUUCCCGGGUUGACGGUUCAAUGUAUAGGGCACUGGUCUUACAAACCAGUUUUCGUAUGUUCGAACCCCGACCUGGAAGGAUUCGUAGUGUCAGUAGAAUCGUAGCACCAGCCAUGCAAUGGUUCUGUACACUCUGAAUUGUCUGCGAAGUCUGUUGCAGCAGAAGGUCAAAUUCCACUACAGGAAUGUAAUACCAAGGCUUUGCUCUGCACUCCAAACCGGAAAUCACUCCAAUUUCCUAGAAACGGCUGAACCGGUUUUCAUAAUCUUAGAUUCGAAUGAAAAGUCUCUUGGUCCCAUAAUCUGUUAUUGAAUAGUAUCCAGAUCGAACUUUCGGUUCGGGAGUAACAGGGUAAAAUGUACAAAAAUAAGAAAAAAGUGCACUCGAAUUACGUGAUGAUUUUGUCGUGAAUUACCAUGGGGCGCCUUUUCAAGAUUUACCCUCUGAGAGAGUGUUAAAUAUUCGAUCGUGAAUAUUCUCGGAGAAGGCUGAACCAAAAUUCAUAAGCUUGAAUACAAAUAAAAUGUCUUAUGAUCCCAUACAAAAUUUUUGAAUUUUAACUUCCGGCUCCGGAGUUAUGGGGUGAAAUGUGCAAAAAAAUUAAAAUAUGUGUACUAUUUUUUCUCAAAGAUGGAUUGACCGCUUCUUACAAACUUAGAUUUAAAUUAAAAAUGAAAACUUUUGAAUUUUGACUUCCGGUUUCGGAAUUAUGAAGUAAAGUGUGUUAAAAAUGUUACACCAUCACUUAAAUGGGCGAAACACACACUUGAAAAAUUUUCUAAACUGGCCUCAAACUCACUCCAUACGACAGUCAUUAUCAGUAGACGGCCAAUAAAACUGAUUCCACCUAUCAUGGUUCCCGGUUUCCGAUUCCGGAGACACCGGAAAUAGUGGUCAUAUUUUCUCAAAUGGAUCUCAUGGAUGGAUUUUUACAAACUUAGAUUCAAAUGAAAGGUCCUGUGGUCUCAUACGGAAUUCCUAAAUUUUACACGUGUCCGACUUCCGGUUCCGGAAUUAUAAUGUGAAGUGUGUUUAAAAUUUUAUACCAUCCGAAACAAAAAACGUAAAAAUAAAUCUAAAUCAACAUCUAAAUUACUCCAAUCGGUAGUCAUUAUCAGUAGACAACCAAACUAAGCGAUUCCGGUUAUUCCUUCGAGAAUCGAAGAAAAUUAUUUUGAUGAAUACCACAGUAUUAUAUAUGAUAGUAUGAUUGAUAUGAGAAAGGCAUCAUUAAAUCACUAGGUGGAUUAAAGCAGUUGAAUAGGGCAAAUUCAAAACAGGGCCCAUUUAUUGAUCCAGGAUAUACAAUUCCAAUUCCUCACCAGACGAACUAGUCUAUGUUGUCCAACUGAACACUGGCGUUGGCCAGGAAUUGUGCAUUCAUCCUUUCACCAUGUGCAAAUACAUAGUCAAAAUAUUCAGCAUUAAAACAGAUAUUAUAUAGAACUUAUACUUACCAAAUAUGGUUUGGUGAUGUACUCAAUCUACAAUCUUGAAAGUGGAAUAAAUGUAUGUUUUACAUUCGUAUAGUAGAAUAUGAGUGAUGAUUGAUGGAAGAGUGGAACAUUAGUAUGGAACGAAGUAAAAAUUACGAAUGUCUGAGAAAGUACCAGGCAUUCUACAAUGUAAUCAAAGAUAAAGCUACUUUUAACAUGCAACUAAUAUACUAGGUGUGCAAGUUAUGAACGAUGUUAUUCACGCCAUAUGUGGUUCCAAAAGGUAACAAAGAGGACAUGAUUCGGUCAUCAUUUGUUCCAAACAGCAAAAGAGAUCAAAUUUAAUUAGUAUAUCACUUUCAUCUUCCAUAGAUCAAAGUGUAGUAUUUGUUCUAGUAUGGACGAUGCCUAACAAGUUUGGCACACUUCGAAUAAGAAACAUGCCCAUUUUAUUGCUCCCCUUCUGUGUAUUGUUGCCUCUUUUUGUCAGACAUCACCCAUGGCACCAUUAGUGUGCAUUGAGUAAUGAUACAGACAAGCCCAGGGACCGUGACAGCAUCAUUCAAUCUGUCUCAAUGUUGUGCUAACGCCCUCUUAUGAGGAAAUUUUUUCGAAAACGUAUUUCGCAGAAACACAAAUAUUAUUGCAUGAAACACAAGAAAACUUCUGUUUAAAUUUUCAAAAAAAUUUACCUGUUCUUUUUAACAACAAUUGUGUAGUCCUAUGCCAACAAUUUGAACCACCCUAUAGCGCUGUCAACUCUUCACGUCAUCCAGUUAUGACUCUAACAUUACUCACCAUCCAUUUUGAUAAAAGAAAACCAUCCUUCUGUCCAGAUUGUUUCUUCGGAUUGCUAAGUGUAUUUUUCAACUGUUCGAUUGUCAUGAAAAUGGAACGAAAACGAUGACGGUUUGUCUGAAUCGCGCUUAAGACCCAUUAGUUGCCACUGCCAUUGACUUUGAUAUUUCAAUUCAACGCCUACUUGCACGAGAAAGAACAUUGCACUGUGGUCCGAAACGGGAAAAUAGCGUAACAAAAAUAUGUUCACUAUUAAAUAUAAGUUUUUUUUGUAGUUUGUUUCUUUUCAAAAGUUGUUUGUAAUCAAAUGGCGCUCCUUUUGAUGCAAAAAGUUACUAGGGUGGUCCUUAUUCAAAUUAAAAUCUGAAACCUAACUUUUUCCGAGUAAAAGUAGGGUGGCUCCUGGAAAAUCACUUAUUUUGUUCUAACUUUUUUGUGAAAUAUUCGAUAGAAAAGUUGUCUUCAGAAGAGUUUUUGAACUAAUUAUUGCGCAGAAUUUUGCUAAAACAAAGCUUUCUCAUAUGAGCUACCAGUAAAAAGUUAUGAUUGUUUUUUUUGUCGUGAAUACGACUUACUUUAAUAUGGGACGCUUUUUCAAAAUUUACAAUUACAGAGUGAUAAGUUUGUGAUUGUGAAUAUCUCUUGUUGUAUCUAGCGUAUCAACAUAAUUUUUGCGACAUGCCAUCGAAAAUAUGAUCAUCAAUUUAUGAUAACAUUUUCAGUUGAAGGACAUAAUCACAAAUAAUUCAAAAUUUAAGUUUUCUGAAAUGUUUGAUAUCAAUGAGUAUCAAAAAAGAAAACUCAUGAUGCCUUUCUCGUGGUUAACACUUGAUAUAAUUCGUUCAUUUUAGCCUGCGCAAUUGACUGAGCGAAAGUAAAGCAAGUGCACCAUUCCGGUUGGAUCAGGUCCAGAGCUCAGUUCCAGUUCCAGUAUUAGUAUUGAAUCAAUUACGGAACGUUCGCGGAGCCAAUUUCCCUUCAAAGAAGAACGAUUGCAUCAUCCUGUUGCUGGUCGUUUGCAUUGGAGCGAAAUACAACGGAAAGUGGAAAAUGAUGGGGUACAUUAUGCCAAAUCAAUCCUUCUAAUAACUCCAAAUGCACUUUUCGUAGCAAAAAAUUCACACCAAACAAGUUCGAAUAAAGUCAGUAUUUAACUGCUUCGCAUUCGAGAAAAAUGCUCCGAACACUGUUUAAUAUCGUAGAAUUCCAUAAUUCGACCUUUUUGAAUACCAGAAAUGAUUCCCGUACAAUAUAUUGAUAGUUUCUUUCGCUGAAAUGUUUCCACAUUAUCUGAAAUGAUCGACAUCAAAAUUCUAUAUGUGGCCAUUGGAAUCGCCCAUUUGUGAAAAAAACUACAAACGAAAUCACGUAAAAAGAAAGUCAUUAACCAAAAAUUGUUCAAUAUGGAAUCAACGGCACUGUUAACAGUUCUGUUGCGGGGUGAUCCAAUUUCGCUUCAAACAAGAGCGAUUGCGUCAUCCUGUUGCUGGUCGUUUGCAUUAGAGCAGAAUACAACGAAAAGUAGAUCAUUAUGGAGAACAUUAUGCAAAUCAGUUCUUCUAAUAGAUCCAAAUGUUAUCUAAAGUCUACAGUCUGAUAGGUUCUAAUUAAAAAAAUUUUCGCCUAUUUUUCUCAGCUCAGAAUGUUUAAUGUAACUAAUCCGUACUUUAGUAAAAAUGAGGAAGCGAAAAGCUUGCACAAUUCACACAAUCGAUUAACUUACUGAUAUUCGGAAGUGUGAAGGAAGCGUGCGUUUUAUUCGUAUUCACGUCCUCCAGUUAUGUCUUUGACAUUACCCACCCGCCUUUUUAUCAAAAUCAAGUCAACUUUCAAAUAUUAAUAUUCAUUAGAUGCCUGAAAGGUCGUAACAUUAGUAAAAUUUUGAGAGAAAAUUAGAAGGGUGUUAUUUUUAACUCAUUUCAAUUAGUCUUAAAAAUACCUUCAAAAACUCAAAAACAUUGCAUAACUCUUAAACGCCUUAACGUAUCAACAUACUUCUUUUAGCAAAAUAAUAGUUUUUAUAAUAGUUUUAGACUUUUACUCGGGAAAAUUGAUGUAACUCGAUCAAAUGAAAAACUAGAAAGGUGCUUUUGUCAGCAAAGUUGCUCAAAAUAAAAUUUCCUACAACUUUAUUCUACAGUGAAAUCAUAAAUUGGACAGUGAAAUCGACGACACGACCUGCCACUCGUCUAUCAAAACUGUAUCGUAAAUUUAACUACCCCUCAGUAACUGGAAAUGUCAAAUCGAAAACGUUAGUGAAUUUUUUUAAACUGGCAGCACAAGUUGAUUUAUUUAUUGAUUUUGAAUAACAGUCACCAUAACCUUGGUUACUGCAUAUCGAAGGCAAGAUGAAUGUAAACAAAAUAAAUUUCAGAUCGGUUAUUAUAUUACGGAACAUUUUAAUGGAUUAACCUGACUCGAGCGGAAUGUACAAAUUUAGGAGUAUGAAUUAUGUCUUUUAUAAAGCCAAGUUCAAAAUUCAGGUCUUGACUUGAAACCGUUGUGUGAGAAAGAAGACAUGGAAAUGACCGACAACGAGCUGAGCGAGGCUUGUGCUCUGCGGUACCUGCAUAACGUACAAUAAAAUGAUUUCUUUGUGGAAUUCCACUAGUAAUCCUCGAAUAGUGGCCAACAAGGAGAAAUACUGUUUCCACUGCUGCGCAAUCAACCGACACAAAACAAUUUUGACACCGGCAUAUUACACCGAAUCCUACUGCCCAGAAAAGCUAGCAGUGGAAGUGUACGGAUGAAUCGCUGGAAGUAGAUCAUUGUCCUCGUUCGUUGGUUUUAUCCAUAGUUUCGAUUGAAUUCUGAAAAUGCAUUUCUGCUUAAUUUGGACAAAGUUUAACACUAAUAUUCCACCGCUUUCAAAACAUGUUUAUUUGUUUUGGGGUUCCUUGGUAACCAGUACAUAGCAACUUAAACAGUGUUGCUCGAGAAGAUUAUUUUUAUCAUUUACAAGGGGUAGCUAGAUUUGUGGUAACUGGCGGUGAAUCGUUAGCGAACAGUUUUAAUGCUGAUUUUUCUUCUGAGUGUCUGGUCGUGUCGUCGGUGAAAUCAUGUUUGAGUUCAAUUAAGAAAAUUAGAUUUCAGAUUUCUAUCUAAACAAGAACCACCCUAGUAACUUUUUACAUCAAAAGGAGCGCCAUUUAAUUACAAACAACUUUUGUGAAUACACCAAUUACAAAAAACUAAUAUUUAAUAGUGAAAAUAUUUUUGCACGCUUUUUUCCACGUUUCGAACCACUGUGCAUUGGACGAAAACCCAAAACGGACGUAGGUAACUAAAAAAUAAUGACGAAAGCUUGAUUUUUUGACACGUUGUUUACCUUAUCAUACGCCCUUAUUCUGAAUAACGGUGUAUUGGUUUUUUGAUCGAAUAUGGUUCGGUCGAAUCAUGGCUACCUUUGAUUAUGUUAGCGUUAUUAGAAAUACGAAUGAAAUACGAUAAAAAAACGAUACGUUGUUAUUCAGAAUAAGAGUGAUAAUCUAUAAAAUCUUUUGUCUUGAAGUUAACCGAAUUAAAAAAAAUCAUUCGAAAUCUUUUUCCUGUACGUAAUCAAAGGCCAUAAACAAAUGUGAGCUCCUCAGGAAUGCACAUCUAUAGUUUAAUAGACCACUGUGUUCAAUACCUGCUGAAGUAGAUAGUACCAAUAAUGGAGAUGUUAACCCUACGAAUCACUGCAUCCGGUAAUCUGUCUGUCACCUGUUUGUUCUAUCACGGGUAUAUAAUCAGCCAGCAUGUCAGACCGGCCAUUGUGGGUUGUUGUAAAGUCGUAUUCGUGCCAGGGAUCUUGUCGGCAAGGUCGGUGCUACUAUUGAUAUCUCAUUCUGCUCUCACCACUCGGGAUAUCACCAUUCCUAGGCGAACCCAUCAACGGUGACUGUCGAAUCGAUUGUCGCUUUCCGGUGGGAACAUAUGUGGGAGUCAGCCGUCGUUCGCAAUCCAGUCGUUUCAAAUAUUUACCAUUGAAAUCGAUCCGCAAACAGUUCGCAUCAGACACAGGUUGCGCUGUGACACGGCUCAUUAGUUUCACACUGGAGAUGGACCUAAGCGGGCGACAUUUUCUGGUCUCGUCGUUUUUCGUCAGUGUCAUCAUCUGUAUCGGAUCUAAACUGACGGAAAUGCCGGAGACACGGCCUACGCCCAGUUACUUUCGACUGGUCAGCGAUGGAGCGGUGUUGGUUUUACAUUUUAUUUAUUUUGGAAGCUCGAUAGAUUUGUCACUGGCUCAUCCUAACGAUUCUUAUCAGUUUUUGUUGAACUCGCUUGGGGAUGGUGUGGCCACCAUUUACGCACAUGUUCAAUUUACGGCUUCGAUUGUGGGAAAUAUUUACAUGUUGAUAUGUGCUUCUGAUAUCAUCCUGGAAUACAUGACGAUUCUGAUUUAUCCGCAGCCGAAUGCUACGUCGCUAUUUCUUUGGAGACGCUGGGUCGCCGUUGCUGCAACCUGUUUGCUAACGGCGCUUAACUGCUACAACAUCCAAUGGACUACGACCACUUUUGCCAUCUACAUUAAGUCUCUCUUCAUGAGUUUUUGGGUAGCUAAAAUUUGGUUUAAUUGGUCUUCAAUACGAGCUACUGUCACGGCAAACGAAUCUGGGCUAACGUUGAUGAUGAUUUUAACGUUCGGCUUGAUAGUUCUAUUGAUUGCCAUCAAAGAGUUUGAUUGUUUUCCGCAAGAUGUCGUUUCGGCGAAUCAUACCGUGCUGCUACCAUUGUACGAGCACCUCAUCGGACUUCAGAUUCCCGAGUUGCCAAUUAUAGUGUCCUGCUACUAUGCUGAUUCUUUAAAUAGUUUUUUCCUAUCACCGGAUCCGUUUAUCCAAGCGGCACAAAAUUGCCAGCUGCCCUCCGCUCUAGCGCUUCGCCACGAAAAGACCACCUCACCAAUUAUGCUGCUACUGAUUAAAAGUGCCAUAACAGUCGUUGUCGUUGGCUACAUGGAUGAUGACCUUGGCCUGCUGGGAUCCACGUGGAACUGUUUACUGCUAACGGGAGCCAUUCUGUUUGACAUGGCACUAUUGCUGGGAACGGGUGACACCACCAAGUUGAAAUUUGCCCUAAGCGGAAAAGCACAAACAUUUACGGUAUGGCUGUUGCACGCUGGAUUCCAGCUGGCAAACGUUGGCUGGAUCUUCCAUCGUGUAACCGGAUUUGAGCAGGUCGGCAAAAUGUUGAUAUUUGUCACUGCGGUUUCGAUAGUGGCGUUCCGGUUAGUGAAAAUCGAUGCGUUCGUUCGAAUCUUCUGUAACAGGUGGAAAUUGACGUGCUGCGUCAAAGCGGUGGACGCAACCGGCGGUGCUAAACCACCAGCUACUAAGGACAAUAGCUGGCUGGAUAGUUUAGUGUAGUAGUUUUGUACCGAUGGAGUCGUCACAACGGACGAUGACGUAAAUAUAAUACCCCAUUAGCGAGUAGCAAAAGUGCAUGUGACCGGGGCGUAAUUCGAGUCGUGAUAUGCUCCAAGUUGCAUUGGACCGACACAAAACCGCGGUUAGUCAGUCAGCCAACGAGCUAAUGCCAAUUCAAUCGUUCAUAAAUAGCAGCAAACAAACAUAACACACGUGUGCACGAUUCCGCAAUAUUCGCUUUCACCAUCCCGCUCCAUAUUUGAGCGCGACUGUUCGGAGGAGAAAAUU